AUGGUCAUUGUUUCAGACAGAGCAUUGUCCAUUGAAAAUGCUUGUGUGAAUGUGCUUCCAUGGGUCACUAGAGGAAUAUGCUACUAUCAUCUUCAGCAAAAUAUUAUCAAGACAUAUGGUGGUAAGGAGCUUAUGUAUCUGGUUAAAGGAGCUGCUUAUGCCCACACUCUAGCUGAAUAUAAUCGGUGCAUGGACUCACUAAGAGCUGCGCACCCAGAACUCGCAGCAUACAUGGAGUUGGCCGACCCUAAGCUUUGGUCUAGAGUACAUUUUCCCGGUGAUAGGUACAACAUCAAGACGAGCAACAUUGCUGAAUCUAUCAACUCGGCUAUUAAAAAGGCAAAGGGUUUUCCCAUACCCUCUCUACUCCAGUUUAUUAGAGAGAUGUUAGGGCGGUGGUUCUACAAAAGGCGUGAAGAUGCUUUAAGUCUGCAGACACCAUACAGCAAGGGAGUUGAGUAUAUACUGGCCAUCCGUGAACAUUACGCUCAGUCAAUGGAUGUUCAGCGGAUAGAUGCAACUAGUUUCCAUGUUGCUUCUGGACGUUCGCACUAUGUAGUUGAUCUAGAACAGGGUAAAUGUGAGUGUGGAGUGUUCCAAGUCGAGAAAAUGCCCUGUACACAUGUCCUUGCAGCGCUUGCCUCAGCUGGUGUGCACGUCUCACACCAUACAUGUGACACAUACUCGCAGGAAUGCUUGUAUGCGACCUACGCCCAUCCUAUAUAUCCUGAGGAGGAAAUUGACAACCACAAGAAGAAGAGCGAGCGGUGCCGACCUCCAAAACCGAAGGAUGGGCCUGGUCGUAAGAAGAAAUCAAGAUGGCAGUCGUGGCUGGAAAUUUCUAGGAAGUCUAGGAAGAAAGGCAAGAGUCGAAGGAAGAAGCCCAAAGUUUACAGCUGCUCCAAAUGCAAGCAACCAGGACAUACGCGCCCGUGUCCAAGCCUGCUGAGAAAUAAACUCGGCGGUCUACGAGCGGUCUUCGGAGGUCUACGAGGCUUCACGGAACUUCUCUGGAGGUCUACGAGGCUUUAA